AUGGCUCUUUUGGAUGUUAGUCGAUAUAAAUAUUAUUCCGCGUCACAGUUCGUGCAAACGCAUCUUCUCGACCGGUCAAAUCACUAUUUUGGGACCAAAUGCCAGGAAUUCGCAGUACCUGUCGGAGUUGACCCCUCUAAGUUUCUGAAAUCAUGCAGUUGUGAGGAUGGCGUUUCCAUUCUGAAUCAUGGCACCACAACUCUGGCAUUUAAGUUCCGUCAUGGAGUCAUCGUGGCUGUUGACUCCAGAGCAUCAGCUGGAAAAUACAUCGCAUCAAAGGAGGCCAAUAAAGUGAUAGAGAUCAACCCUUACCUGCUGGGCACCAUGUCCGGCAGUGCUGCAGACUGUCAGUACUGGGAGAGACUGCUGGCUUAAGAGUGCAGACUUUACAAACUACGCAACAAGCAGAGGAUCUCAGUGUCUGCAGCCUCCAAACUCCUGUGCAACAUGAUGCUGGGAUACAGAGGCAUGGGUCUGUCUAUGGGGAGUAUGAUCUGCGGCUGGGACAAGCAGGGUCCAGGCCUGUACUAUGUGGAUGACAAUGGCACACGUCUCUCUGGCUGCAUGUUUUCCACUGGCUGUGGGAACAGUUAUGCGUAUGGAGUCGUGGACAGUGGAUAUCGUGAGGAUAUGACUGUGGAGGAGGCGUAUGAGCUGGGCCGGCGUGGUAUCGCUCAUGCCACACACAGAGACGCUUACUCUGGUGGUGUGGUCAACCUUUACCACAUGCAGGAGGACGGCUGGAUCAAGGUGUGUAAGGAGGACGUGUCCGAGUUAAUCCACCGCUAUAAGAAGGGAAUGUUCUGAUCACAUAUGAUCUCUCACUCAUGCAAAACUCACUGAUUUAUUAUAAUAUCUGACACAAUUAAACAAAUCAAAAUAAAUAAA